AUGAAUGGAAUGGAGCCAAAAAGGCUUUUACUGAUUUUGACGCUGCUCGUAUGGGGAGGGUGUGUGUUGUACUAUAUUGUCCUGAAUGAUCGUAAACAAACAGGAAAGGGAUAUGAAUCUAUGAGUUCACUAACAAACAAGAACGUGCAAAAAACAAUUCAUACCGCUCCCUCUCCACCUCAGCCUUCAGUAUCGGAAAAGAUUACAAGUCCUCCAUUUCAAAGAAAAGUUUUUCCAAUUACAUACCUUAAUUUUGAUUUUCUCAAUCAAACCAGCACUUCUAGUAGAAAUAUUGAGGUGGCCUGUUCUACCUUUAUUUCCUCAUAUUUUUCCAGAAAUAUAGACACCAAGAUACCUCCGAUCGUAGUUGGGUAUGGUGAUGAUUAUGCCCACUGGAAAAAGUUUGUUCGUGUCCAUGAUUUUCUAAUCAGCACAGCAUCGGAUUUCAUUCACGAAGAGGAUUUGAUUUUCUUUUUUGAUGGACUUGAUUCCAUGUUCACUGGAGAACCACAGGACAUGAUCAAGGGCUACAUGGAUUAUUUGGAGCUUGAAAAUUUCAGAGAAAUGAACAACACCACACAAGAUUGGCCCAUCAUUUUCAAUUGUGAGAGAAAUAAGUGGCCAUCAGAAGGGGAAUUUGCAGUAUUCGUUAAGAAUUUUGAUAGAGGGUUUUUGAACAAGUAUAGACAUCUCUAUCCUGUUAAAACAUACUGUCCUAGAGAUUCAGGGUUUUUGUAUUUAAAUUCAGGAAUGUAUUUAGGAAGAAAAAAGGACAUUAAGAAGUUUUUUAAAAUUGCCGUUUCCAUCAUGCAUGACGGAAUGGACAUUAGGAAGGUUGAUGACCAAGCAGUAGUUCACUAUUUAUACAUUGAAAAAAAGUUCCCAAUCAUUGGUGACUGCCAAUCUUCUAUAUUUUUAGCGUCCUACCUUGCUUGCGAGUACUUUCAACUCAACUCUAAUGGAUGUACUGUAAGCAACAAACUGAACCCUCUAAAAUAUCCACAAGCAGUUCAUUCCAAUGGACCUAAAUGUAACACUUACUGUCCAUGCUUGUACGAAAACAUGCAACGAAGUGAAAUGAGGACCUAUUUGGAACGGGAAACCACUAUGCAAAACGUUUCCUCGAUUCAUUCUUUACAAAAUGUAAAGAAUAAUUUGAGAAUUGAUCUCUAUCUAUCUGAUAACAACAAGAUUAUGUCAGUACCUUUGACAAAGUUUUGCAGUGAGAAGUCCUUGUUUCAUUUCAAUAAAGACAACUGCCUUAAGAAGUAA